AUGAACGAAGCCCAGUCCUUUGGGGAGCGCCGAGGUCAUAAGCUGGCACCGCUGCAGACCAAUUUUAGCCGACCAGCGCCCAAAGCCCGGCUCCAGCGACCUCGGCCAACCGAAUAUCCCAGUACCAAUGGAUCAGAAGGGCCGGUUCCGCUCCAAAGUCCCGUCACGGUCAAGCGCCAGUCCUCCAAAUCAAGUUUGCGCAACAUUUUUGGUCGCGACAAGUCGCGCGUAGAACCCAAGUUGGAUGAGAUUGUCGAAACAAAAUUGCCAGAGCCCCAGACUGCGAUUUUCAACGAUCCGAUGUCGCCCUCUCUCAUGAGCCCCCGAACUAUAGACUCCAAUCCGACCAUCACCUCCCCGACGGACGUACGAUCGCGCACUCUGAAAACUGCUCGCCCACCCCCAGACCCUAAAGUUCCCUCUCAGGAUCAGUAUGGGUGGAAACCGCCCCCGCUAUUUCAGGCCUACCCCCAGUCUGCCAAGCAUGAUACCCUGGCCGCGCCUGCUCUCUCUGCCGAUACAAUCCUGCGAUUGCACGCGACAACCACCAGGAGCGCAACCGAGGAUACGCCGGUGAACCCGUUGGAGCAGGAUGAGACUGCCGCGGCCGCUCGGAAAAAGCGCGAACAAAAGCAGAGGAAGCAUCUCCGGACAUUGUCCGGUACAAUCAACAAGGUGGAAUGGACGCAGAAGAUAUACGUUUUGGCCAACGUGGGAUAUAUUUUACAAUAUGCAGGCGAAGGAAAGCAUGAUCGUCUCCCGGAGAGGAUGCUACUCUUGGGCCCAAAGUCUGUCGCAUUCGCUAGUGAUGCGAUCCCAGGCAAACAUUGGGUACUUCAGAUCUCUCACAAUUCCACUGCUGAUGUGAACUCCAGCGCACCGGAACCACCAAAGCCUCGGUUUCCGCGCUUUGGCUUCCACAAGUCCAGUAGUCGCCGAUUGUCCCAUAGCUUCUUGUUGGUCUUUGAUAACCCCGAAGCUAUGAUUGGCUGGUUGGUUGCAGUCAGGGCAGAGAUCGAAAGACGCGGAGGACCCAAGCUCACGCAAGAGAAACACUCGGACGAGGAUACCAUGCCUCAAUUGCGAUCCAAGUCCAGUAUUCGUCAAAUGGUCAAGAAGGACCCGCAUCGUAUCUCCAGCUUGUUCCUGCAGCCCCAAAACCUUCAGUCGCCCAUUGAGGAUGAUGGACAGUCUGUCGGUGGGGCAACAUGGCAAUCUCGACGCAGCUCAUACACGUCUGUCAAUCGCCGAUCGGUCAUUGAAUCGCGAUCCGGCUCCGUUUCAACCAGCCGGACUGAGGCUACGAAUCCUACAAAUGGCUCUUCGAUUGCCUCAGACGUGCGUUCUUCGUCGCUCACUUCAUCAAAUUUCCCCAACGCGCCGCCGACAAGCGAUGGCGUCUAUAGAUCUGACGAGCCUUUACCUGAAGAGCUGGAUCGGAUCUUUGCCCGCAGUCCCCCUUCUUCUAGCCAAGGGAAACGGCAGUCAUUCUAUGCGUCUCAGCCUCCACAGCCUCCACAGCCUCCACCUAUAACCGAUUUUACAGAAAUCCAGGACUAUCCGCCUGUGCCCGAAACCCUAGUUCGGAGCGCCUCACCCCCAGCACCAAAUUUCAGUGUUCCUUCCUUCAGCAAGAAGUUUGUCCCUCGGGGUGGUCCGACUCCUAUCCAUGCCUCUCCUCCUUCGUCGUUGAAUGGCUUCGUACGGCGUGAAUCUGUCGACCCAAAGGCGUCUGCAUUAGCCUCUCCCCCGCAAUCUCCGACCUUCAGCGUCGCCAGCUCGCGCUAUACAGAGUCUUCGGAGCACAGGCGUGUGCUGCGUCCUUCAAACUCCGAGGAUGCUCUAGCCAAAGCCGCCAGAUCUGCGCAGCAUGCUCCAAACUUCUCUCGCACGCCCAGGACCGCACCCCCUACAAAGCCUUUGCCAGACUUCCACUCUUCUCGUCCUCUGAGUCUUGUUGGUCGAUCUGGCAUGACGCCCCAGACAAUUAACGAGGCCGAGGUUGAAGCUCCCCCAGCACCGGAGCCACCGCGCACCAAGCUCCCAACCGCGGGGCUUGAUAGCCAAGCACCCCCAAACAUGCUGCGCCGUAAGAGUAUGCCAGGACUAGGGGUCACAAUCGGUCCUCCGUCAGCCCCUCCUCCCAACUGCCCCCUCCCCAAGCUCCCUCAACCCGCCAACCCUACUCCGGCUGCGCACCCGGCUCCAGUCCCCACAGCAGCCCCUGUCCCUGUCCCUGUUCACGCCCCUGCUCCUAUCCAAGUCUCUUCCCCGGCCCCUGCAACCCCAUCUACCCCGCAGGCCCUGUCUCCCUGGUCCCCGACUUCUCCAAAGCAACGAUUCUAUGGGUCACAGCCAGUACGCGAGCACGUGGAGGACCGACGCAGGAGCGGUACCAACUCCGGCUCAGAGUCCCAGGCAAAGCCAACCUCGAGAACGGCCCGGCAUUCCAAAUUGGUCAAAGGACCCCCUGUAUAA